UUGAGUCUUCUAGUGUGAAGAAGUUGCCUGUGCUGCCCAGCUGCUACAACUUUCUAGCUGGUAGUGUACUGCUACAGACGUUCUAGACAGAGAUCAGCUCUUGGAGAAACCUAUGGCCGCAUACCCCAAUCACAGAUAUCAACUGAACACAGCUCGUCACAAUGAUCUGCAGACAGUAAUGAUACAUGAAGAUGCAAUGAUGAGCGAGCAAGAUAUGGCUGAUGAAGCAAAUGCUCAUUACAUAGGCACGCCAGCUAAUGCAUCAUCAUCACCUCACAUUGAACGGAACGGCUAUAUUGACACUGACGACUGCAUGCAGUUUGAUGAAUGGCCUAAUAAUGAACAACACUUUGGUGAUAUUUACAUGCAGUUUGAUGAAUGGCAUAAGGAACAACACGUUGGUGGUAUGUGGCCAAGCGGUGGUGAUGACAGCUUCAACAGUGUUUCCCAUGGUGAUGAAAUGCACAUUGAUAUAUGCUACCCAUUUGCUGCACCUGAAAAGUAUGCAAGAAGUCGAAAAAGGCCACGAGCUACAUAUCACAGUCAUUUCAUGCAAGACAAUUCAACAAUGGAAAAGAAUUUGGACAAGCGCGCUGCUUCUGACAAGAAAAGAAAAAGAAAAGAAGUGGAAAGUGAAAAAAAGAACGAGGUUAAUGCUCUGUUUAAUGACCAAGUUGAAGGUCGGUAUGAGAAACCAAUGAAAAAUGAGGCUUUGGCCGUGGCCAGGACUGUAAAAUCUUCUCAAAUGGUGAAGUUCCGACUGGAUCAGUGCCCUACAUAUGGAAUCCAAUUGAAGAGGGGAGAUCAUCUGUUGUUUUUUAUUAGACAGCCUCUAGACAAGCCUCUGUUUGCCAGCCAUACACGUUUCAUUGAGACCCAGACACUUACCAGAGAUGAAUGUAGUUCAUACUUGUCUUGUCUACUGGAUAAGAAGAAUAGUAAAUCAUUGGAGAAUUUGAAGAUAAUAGAACGAUGUCCUGCUCCAUGGCGAUUCAUUCUGGAUAAACGUGACCUUCACCAAGAUGAAGUCCUCGACGUUCUAAAUGUUUCCAAUGCUCUGGUUAAAUCCUCUGUCAAACAACACGUUCAUGUUUAUAAGCAAUUCUUCAAUGAGUUUUUGGGAAGAUCGUUUAUUCCUGGACCUCUUACUACUGCACUAAGAAAUACUCUUGUAGUUUAUUCCAGUGAAGCAGUACUUGAACCGAACCAGGUACAGUCUAAUAAAUCUAUUGCCCAUCAGCUUAUUGAGUCCUGCAAAUGUUUUGCAGAGUCAGUAGCCCGCUAUGCUCCAAAGGUGCUCCCAACACUGCUUCCCCUCGCUGAGCUGCUAGUUGAUCACACUGUUCCUAACUAUGGUGACUUUCUUCUGUCGCUCCUAAAGUUGGCUGUGAGUCGAUAUCAUGAUGAUGAUCCAGCAAACACACACUGGAGUACGCUACAACUAGUAGUAACUUCAUCAGAACUGCAGCAUUCUAAGCCAGCUAUUGAUCAACGAGCAGAACUAGGAGGUAUUGCAAACGUGGGUCUUCUACCAUGUGUGCAAACUCGAGGACCAUACCUAAAUAUGGACAGUUACCUCAACACCCACUUGCGCCUCCUAAGAGAAGACCGCUUGUCUAGUUUGCGCAAUGCGUUAGAUGCUCUACAGAGGCAUUAUUUCGAUUCUAAGGCUCUUUGGAGCAUGCCCAUUUUGCCUUACAUGAAGAUGACUGGCAUUAAGUUGAGUUUUUCUUCAAACUGUUUGGCAGUUGUUGUACAACCAGAAAGGAACGACUUCCAUGAGUCAGUGAUCAGUCGUGCAGCAAACAAACUCAUGCAUGGCAACCUAGUAGCCUUCAUUGUUGAUGGAGAUUUCAAAGACAUCUUGUAUGCUAAAGUUGAGACUUGUGACUCUAAAUUGCCUGGAAAGUUUUCUGCUACCUUUCUCUCAAGUCCAGAUACACACUCAGAAAUUGACGGGGUAUAUGGACUGACUCGUUUGUUUUAUGCCGAUGACAUUGUAGCAGUUAUAAAUUCUGCCUACUAUGGUGCCUUUGAGCCAGUGAUGGUUUCUUUGCAAAAACAAAAUCAUGAUUUCUUACCCUUCAAAGAAGAAUUCAUUUAUUUAAAUUUCAGAGAAACUACAGAUGGUAAAUUUGCUCAUCCUCUUGUUGCUGAAACAUCUUCAAUGAUGCUAACUGAAACAGCAGUCAAUGUGACUGAAGCACCAAACGAUAGGACCACCGCUGAUACAAGCAAUAAAGACUUACAACAGCUAGAUUUGAGAAGGAACCAGAAGUUGAUGAUGGUGGACUACAGUAUCACCUCUAAUACUUCUGUUCAGGUUCAGUCCAACUGUCCUGGUUCGGUUCGGUUUAACCGGUUCAGUUCAGCCGGGAUGUCCAACUCCUCUCCAGAGACGUCUCGGUUGGCUACAGUUGAAGGUGAACUACAUUCCAGUGAUGUCCUAAUAUGCGAGUUUGAGCAGUCCAGUAAGUAUAAAGGUAGUCGAAUGCCAUCCUACUUGCAACAAAGUAAAGUUAUGAUGAGUUGGAAAGGUGUAUUUGAGGUGUCAUUAAGAAAUCUUGGUGCUCCAGAUCCUGGCUACUGGAACAGUUCAAAGAAAGUUGACUUCACUACACUGAGAAAAACAUACCAAAGUUCACUUGAUGAGUCUCAACUGGACGCUAUUGAGUUAGCUCUCCACAAUCGUGUAACCGUCAUUCAGGGUCCUCCAGGAACAGGAAAGACUCUCGUUGGGUUUAAACUUGCACAGCUACUACUUUCGGUGUCCUCCCUCCCACGUGGUCCUAUUCUGGUACUUUCAUACAAAAACCAUGCUCUUAAUGAAUUCCUUCAUGGAUGUCUCACAUUUUGUAAUGAAAAUGAAGUUGUUCGAGUUGGUGGUCAAAAAGAGGUACUUAGGGAUACCAACGUCACUCACUUCAACGACAUGUGCCCACGUCCAAGCAUUCCAGUAUCUCCAGUUCCAAAUGAAUUUCAGAAACUGGAGAGAGUUGUUGAGCUUGUACCACUCUUUGUUGAAUUCAUGCCAGUGAAUGAACUCAGAAACAUGGUUAUUCCAUUUAGAGAUGUUGAGGAAUGUGAGUUUCGAGACGUAUUAAUGCGGAUAGUCAACAAAAUGCCUGAAGUAUACCAAACAGAUUAUUCACUGUUAGACAUAGUGGAAAGUGAUGAAACUAGGCCAUUUGCUGAAAUAGUUCGGUCUCUUUGCAGCAUGUUGAUAGAUUGGGUAAAUGACAACGAGUCACUCCAAGAGUUUCUGAUUGAACGUGGUGUUGUGCAGUCUCAUUGUCGUGCUCCCAGUUCAACAUUAUCAGCACUCUACUUUCAGAUGCAGCAAAAAAGGUUAACACAUAAUGAUCUUGAGAACAAAGAGUGUGAGCUAAUUGAACUUGCAGAACAUGAGUUUGAGCAAACUGUUGACUGUAGAAAUGAACCAAUGAAACACAUAGUGCAACUGUCUACCAGUCCUCCAGUGUCACAUGAUGGGAAAAUCACAUUUACAAUAGACUUGGCUAAAGUCGAACCUCCAAAGAUGACAGAAGAUGAAUUGUACCACACAUUGUCUCACAUCCGUCUAAACAAAUGCAACAAGGCUGAAGAGAGAGCUCAUCUGAUCAAGAUUCUUGCCCAGAUUAAGUGGAAAACUUCCAUAGAAGCAAUAAGGUGCAAAAGCAAAACACUGUCCAAAGCGAUUGUUGAAGCCGACAAACAGCACAUUUGUAACUCGGCAAAACUGCUAAGGAAGAAGGCAAAAAUAGUAGGUAUGACCACAGAUGGUGCUGCAAUCUAUCAAGAGUUGCUAAACAAGAUGAUGCCAGCAGUAGUGAUAAUAGAAGAGGCCGCAGAAAUCUUAGAGAUACAAGUUCUUGCAGUGCUUUCUGCUUCAGUGCAACAUCUUAUUUUAAUUGGGGAUCACAAGCAGCUUCCACCUCCUGUGGAAACCUAUGAACUUAGAAAAACAAAUAAAUUUGAUGUGUCCUUGUUGGAAAGACUGAUAAAUAACAAUCACCCACAUGUCUCCUUAACCCAUCAAGGAAGGAUGUUACCUAUAUUUGUUCCAUUGCUUAAACACAUCUACAGCAAUCUGCAAACAAAUUUAGAAGCUACCAAGAACAAUCAGCCAGCUGCAUGUUUCAGUAAGCCUAUGUUCUUUUGGUCACAUCAGUUUCCAGAAGAAAGAGUUGGAACAAGUUUUGUCAAUGAAAAUGAAGGCAUCAUGCUCUUCAACAUGAUUCUUUGGUGCAUCUUGCAAAAUGAACAACAUCAGAUCCACCCAUCAAAGAUAACUGUCAUAGCAAUGUAUGCAGCCCAAGUUCAAUUCAUUAGAAAGUUGGUAAGAGAUUUCGAAGAACAUGUUAAGAUUGCUGACCAGCUGUUAGGCAAACAUCAAGGAAAACAUGUUAAAACCGAUAAAGAGCUGUUAGACACAUGUCACUCUAGUCGUCCAAUGAUUAAAGUUUGUACAGUUGACCGAUACCAGGGCGAUGAAAAUGAGUAUGUCUUUGUAUCUCUUGUACGUUCAAAUGAUGAUGGAAGACUUGGCUAUGUUGAAACUCAAAACCGAAUGUGUGUUAGUUGCUCAAGAUCAAAAUCAGGACUAUAUGUCUUUGGCAAUGCCAACUGCUUCCGUAAAGCAAAGAGAGCUAAUCACUGGCAUCAUGCUCUCAACUAUUUCGAAUCUAACGAUGCUUUGGGCCACUCCCUUCCACUGCAGUGUCCUAAUCACCCAUCAGCUACAUUUAAAGUCACUCACCCAAAUGAUUUUCAGCUCAAUAAUUGCAGUGAAUUAAGGCUUCUACUACCCAAGCUAUGUAAUGAACAGUGUGGUCAAAUGCUGAACUGUGGCUUGCAUCAAUGCUUGGAUAAAUGCCACCCUGACAAGCCACAUUUGGAAGAUGAAAAGUGCACACGUUGGAGAGAUUUGACUCUUAGUUGCAGUCAUACAUAUAGAUGUGAAUGCUGCCAAUUUACAUCUCCUAUGCAAUUUAACUUGUUUGAGUGUAAGAAACCUUGUGACAGAACAAUCAACUGCCCAGGUAGGCAUAAAUGCCCUAAAAAAUGUCACGAGCGAUGUCCUUCUUUCAGUGAGUGCAUGGAAUGUGACAAGCAAGAGCUAAGACGUCGUGAAGAUCAAAUAAAGAGAAAGAAUUCGGAAACACAACAAUGUUCUGUAACACCUUUACAGCCAAUUCAUAACCUUGACGUAGGGCUCGAAACUGUCAAGCAAAUUAUAUACAGCUGUGAAGGGAUGUCAUGCGGAUCAAGUAGAAACUCAGAACUACAACUGGUCAACUGCUGGGAAAUCACCAAUCAUACACAGGUGCAUAAAUUUGUAACUGCGCACAAGUCAAUGGUCCCAUCUCUCAGGAAGCAUCGUCAGUUUCCAUACAUGGCAUUAGUUGUCCCCAGCACAUGCAAUAACAUCAAUCAAUUUAUUGAGGAUGUUGCAAGAAGUGGUGUCAUACCCACAGCAACUUGCUUUGGGUCAGGGAUUUUUCUAUCCCAUGUUCCCAAGCCCUUUUGCAUUCUUAAUGGUGCUGGUCCAUAUGACAAGUCCAGCACCCCAAAUGACCAACCACUGUGUACUGUAAUUAUUUGCCAAGUAGCUAUUGGUAAGAGAAACAGUGCCAAGUCAAAAGAUGAAUUGAGCAAGUGUACCAGCAUUCCCCCUGUCAACAAAUGGGGUCAUUGGUCAGUCCAUAGAGAGCAAGCAACAGGCAAGAAAUUUGAGUCAGCAAGCCAUGGUGUAGUUCAAGUUGUUGCAAGUGACCAAGUCUUGCCAGCUUACGUAGCCUGUUGUCAAAGAGCUCAAAGGUCUGAUGAGGCAACAGCUACACUUGAAGAAAUAGCUAUCAGAACACAGAGAAUACAGUCUAUGAUCAUCACCAAGUCCAGCUCAAGUGUGAUUACUAACAAUCCUGAACAUGAACGACACUUCAACAUUGUUACCGCAUAUUUUUUCAAUCAACUGGCAGAGAAGUCACCAUACAGCAACGUAGGACAAAUUAAACAAAUAGAGUACAUUGUAAACCCCAAAUUACUAUUUGCCUAUGAGGAAACUAAAAAACACCUUGAAGUUGCCCUAGGCAAACCAGUAAAAGAACGUUACGGGUACCAUGGGACAAAUGCAAACGCAAUGGAAAAGAUAUUUGAGGAGGGAUUCAAAAUUGGUGGCAAAGAUGUCAAGAAGCAGAAUGGAGCACUAUAUGGUAACGGUGUGUACUUGGCAACAAAUCCAGGCACAGCGAAAAAUUACUGCAGAGGGCAAAAAGUAAUAAUCAUGGCAAAAUUCUUGGCUGGCAGAACAACAGACGAUUGCCAUGUUAACCCUGAAAACAGUGAAUUCCACUCUUACAUGGGCAAGGGGAUCGUGGUCGCUUAUCAAUCAGAACAGGUUUUACCUCUUUACAAGGUCCAGCUUCAGUUUGAAAGUACUCCUCUGAUUUAGUUUCUGUGCUGCACCUGUAAGGAAAACUAUUAGCAAAGCUUAUAGUAGCUGAUUGUCUGCUGUAGUAGUAAAAGUAGUACUAGAAUGUUGACACGUUUCAAUUUAUGAUGCUGGAGAUUACAAAUACAAACAGCUGAACAUUGUCAUCAGCCAGU